CAAAAUGAGCUGUUUGUGGGUUGACUUAGCUCUUAGGAGUUAACUACUCAUCGCAUCGGUUAAAAGAAUCCUGUGUUGUGUGUCCCUGCUUGGUGGUUUUUGCGGGGGAAAUCCAAGUCCUACGCCUUUGUUGACCACAGACGUGUCCCUUAUGCUUGUGAAGAACACUUUACGUUCAUAUAGUAACUCGCGAAAUCCUCCAGGGUGGAAGGGAGGAUCCCAAGCGAGGCUCCCCAAUGUAUUCUAGGGGUUACAGUUAGAUUAGGAGGAGAGCAGGAGAACAGUGUGUGCUUAUCUAGUGGAGGAAACCUAUAGCAGUUGUUUUUUGUUGUGAUGAGUUGGCUCUUAAGUUAAGCUUUUGGCUGUUUGAAACAUGAGAGGGGUGAAUCUUUAACUCUUAGAGUUGUAAACCCAAAUCUAUGAACGCUGCUCCUAACCUAAUUUUGUGUAAGGUUGGAGAAUGUAACUUCGCAUAGUUAUUAAAAAGUUCAGUCUCGGACUGUUGGUUUUGUGCUGUAAAAGUCCAGAUGGCAAAUUCUAUGAAUGGCAGAAAUCCUGGUGGUCGAGGAGGAAACCCUAGAAAAGGCCGAAUUUUGGGUAUUAUUGAUGCUAUUCAGGAUGCAGUUGGUCCCCCCAAACAAGCUGCAGCUGAUCGCAAAACUGUGGAGAAAACUUGGAAACUCAUGGACAAAGUGGUAAGACUGUGUCAAAAUCCCAAACUCCAGUUGAAAAACAGCCCACCCUAUAUACUUGAUAUUUUACCUGAUACUUAUCAACACUUGCGACUUAUAUUGAGUAAAUAUGAUGACAACCAAAAGCUUGCCCAACUGAGCGAGAAUGAAUACUUUAAAAUCUACAUUGAUAGUCUAAUGAAAAAGUCAAAACGAGCAAUAAGACUUUUUAAAGAAGGCAAGGAGAGGAUGUAUGAAGAACAAUCUCAAGACAGGCGGAAGCUCACAAAAUUGUCCCUUAUCUUCAGUCACAUGCUGGCAGAAAUCAAAGCAAUAUUUCCUUCUGGUCAGUUCCAGGGAGAUAACUUCCGUAUCACAAAAGCAGAUGCUGCUGAAUUCUGGAGAAAGUUUUUUGGUGACAAAACUAUUGUACCAUGGAAAGUAUUCAGACAGUGUCUUCAUGAAGUCCAUCAAAUUAGCUCUGGCCUAGAAGCAAUGGCUCUAAAAUCAACAAUUGAUUUAACUUUCAAUGAUUACAUUUCAGUAUUUGAAUUUGAUAUUUUUACCAGGCUAUUUCAGCCUUGGGGCUCUAUUCUCCGGAAUUGGAAUUUCUUAGCUGUGACACACCCUGGAUACAUGGCAUUUCUCACUUAUGAUGAGGUUAAAGCACGCCUGCAGAAGUACAGCACCAAACCUGGGAGCUAUAUUUUCCGGUUAAGCUGCACUCGGCUGGGGCAGUGGGCCAUUGGCUAUGUGACCGGGGAUGGGAACAUCCUACAGACCAUACCUCACAACAAGCCUUUGUUUCAAGCCCUAAUUGACGGCAGCAGGGAAGGAUUUUAUCUUUAUCCUGAUGGGAGGAGUUAUAAUCCUGAUUUAACUGGAUUAUGUGAACCUACACCCCAUGAUCACAUAAAAGUUACACAGGAACAAUAUGAAUUAUAUUGCGAAAUGGGCUCCACUUUUCAGCUCUGUAAAAUUUGUGCAGAAAACGAUAAAGAUGUCAAGAUUGAGCCCUGUGGGCAUCUGAUGUGCACCUCUUGUCUCACUGCAUGGCAGGAGUCAGAUGGCCAGGGUUGCCCCUUCUGUCGCUGUGAGAUCAAAGGAACAGAGCCCAUAAUCGUGGACCCCUUUGACCCCAGGGAUGAGGGCUCCAGGUGCUGCAGCAUCAUCGAUCCCUUUGGCAUGCCCAUGCUCGACCUGGAUGACGACGACGACCGGGAGGAGUCUUUGAUGAUGAAUCGCUUGGCAAAUGUUCGAAAGUGCACUGACCGGCAGAACUCACCCGUCACAUCCCCAGGAUCCUCUCCCCUUGCUCAAAGAAGAAAACCCCAGCAAGACCCACUCCAGAUCCCACACCUCAGCCUGCCACCCGUGCCACCUCGCCUGGAUUUGAUUCAGAAAGGCAUAGUGCGAUCUCCCUGUGGCAGCCCCACGGGUUCACCAAAGUCUUCUCCUUGCAUGGUGAGAAAACAAGACAAGCCACUCCCGGCGCCACCGCCCCCCUUGAGAGAGCCCCCGCCCCCUCCGCCCGAGCGCCCGCCCCCGAUCCCGCCCGAAAACCGCCUGAGCCGCCACUUGCCGCCUGCAGAGGGCGUGCCUCCCCGGGAGCAGCCCGUGCCUCUGGAAGCCUGGUGCCCUCGGGAUGUCUUCGGGACCCAUCCGUCCUUGGGGUGUCGCGUCCUGGGGGACAGCUCCCCGAAGCCAGGAGUCACCGCGAGCUCGAAUGUAAACGGGAGGCACAGUAGAAUGGGCUCUGACCCCGUGCUGAUGAGGAAACACAGACGCCACGAUCUGCCUUCUGAAGGAGCCAAGGUCUUCUCCAAUGGUCACCUAGGAAAUGAAGAGUAUGAUGUUCCUCCUCGGCUUUCUCCUCCUCCAGUUACUGCCCUGCUCCCUAGCAUAAAGUGUACUGGUCCAUUAGCAAAUUCUCUUUCAGAGAAAACAAGAGACUCAGUAGCGGAAGAUGACGAUGAAUACAAGAUUCCUUCAUCCCAUCCAGUGUCCCUGAACUCACAGCCAUCUCAUUGUCAUAAUGUAAAACCUCCUGUUCGGUCCUGUGAUAAUGGUCAUUGUGUAUUGAAUGGAACUCACGGUACGUCUUCAGAGAUGAAGAAAUCCAACAUCCCUGAAUUAGGCAUAUAUUUAAAGGGGGAUGUUUUUGAUUCAGCCUCUGAUCCAGUGCCAUUAUCAGCUGUCCAGCCGCUGACUCGGGACAGUCCAAAGCAUGGCUCUUCGCUCAACAGGACACCCUCUGGUUAUGAUCUGCUCCUGCCUCCUUUAGGUGAAGAUGCACUCCCCCCAUCACUCCCUCCUCCUCCGCCUCCUGCAAGGCAUAGUCUCAUAGAACAUUCGAAACCUCCUGGCUCCAGUAGCCGACCAUCCUCAGGUCAAGACCUUUUCCUUCUUCCUUCAGAUCCAUUUUUUGACCCAGUAAGUGGCCAAGUUCCUUUGCCUCCUGCUAGAAGAUUACCAGGAGAAAAUGUCAAACCCAGCAGAACGUCACAGGAUUACGACCAGCUUCCUUCCUCAUCAGAUGGUUCACAAGCACCAGCCAGACCUCCCAAACCCAAACCCCGCAGGACUGCACCGGAAAUUCACCACAGAAAACCCCAUGGGCCCGAGGCAGCCUUGGAAAAUGUUGAUGCAAAGAUUGCGAAACUCAUGGGAGAGGGGUAUGCCUUCGAAGAGGUGAAGAGAGCCUUAGAGAUAGCCCAGAAUAAUGUCGAAGUGGCCCGUAGCAUCCUCCGAGAAUUUGCCUUCCCUCCUCCAGUCUCCCCGCGUCUGAAUCUAUAGCAGCCAGAACUAUAAACGCCAAAAUGCAAAGCAGCUGACAGAUAUUCCAGGAGUACAGAGAGAGAAGAUAGAGAUGGAGCUCGAGAGGGAAGCCGCCUUCUCGCGUGGCAUCUUGAGAAGGGGGCUCGGGAGCGCAGCUCCUCAGGAGAAUGCUGCGUGCUCAGGAUGUCGACGCUGCAGCCCCCUUGUGUUGCUAGCCAUACUUCUAAAUCAGGGUUGAACUGACAAAAAUAAUUUAAAGACAUUUACUUCCCUUGAACAUUGAAUCUGUGAAAUGCUUUUCCUUGUUUACAAGUUGGCAAAGUUGCAGUUUUUGUUUUUGAUACCUGUACUGUGUUCUUGACAGACCCUUGGCAGAGUGGUUCCUGUCUGCUGUAACAUUUCUUAUAACCGUAACCUCUCUUGCUGUCCAUGUCAACAGCAAAAUCACAUCUUCAUGUGAUUUCUAUCAUCUACCAUCUACUUCCUGCCCCAGCCCCCAGGUCCAGUUCCAUUUCUACCAUUUACAAAAUGCUUUAAAGGUUCUGAUUUUCAACAUAUCAAACUAAGGCAAAAAAAAAAAAAAAAAAAAAAAACUGUGCAGUCUUCACUACUGAGUCUUUUCUUUGGAAACCAUCACUUUUGAGAGAUGAGGAAAAACCUGAAUGUAUUAAACCAUUUAUUAAUAAACUGCCUUUUAUUAUAAGGGGGUUUUACCUAAUCUAGAGGAGCUUGCCUUUGUUAGUUUUAAGUUUUAUAUCCUUUCUAUUCCAUAUUGUCCAUCUCCAUCCCAGGGGUGCCAUGGCACUGGAAAAAGUAAAAUACUAGCUAGAAAGCAACUACUGCAGACAACAGAGAGAAACACUUGCACAAGAAUGUGCCAUAACAGUCCAGUGAGGUCCUCGGGUAUUUAUGUCUGAAUUACUUUCAGGUAUGACGAAUAAGAAGGCCAUCUCCUGAAGUAUAUUAAUAAACUUCCAUUCAAUCAAAGACACUUUUCCAAAGUGGAAUAGAGAUCUUUUCCUAUUUGAGUUGAUGAUGCCAUGAUUUAUAACAGCUAAAGGACCUACUUCCUGUUACAUUGGAAAUGUUAAGUCUUCAAUGCACUGUUAUGUGCUGAUGCUACUGUGGCAGUUUUGUUUGCAAAGUUCUUAGUAAUUUUCUCUCCAGUAGGUUUCAUACUUAAUUUGUAAAUUCUCUCAUUAGUCCACACUGCUCCAUCCAGGUAAAAGUAAUAUCUAGUUUUGCCUUUUUUGCAAAAUUGCAGUUGAUUCUUCACAAACUUAGUACUUUCCAUAAAUUGCAAAUAUGGUGUAUCUCCACUGUACUUGGUGCUGUUAUGCACUGUGUUUUUUAAGCACAAACUCUCAUGAUUUACUUUUUAUUCCUAAUGAGAAGUUAGUGGAAAAAUGAGAUAAAGCUGUAAAAUGCUUGAACCCACUGGAAGUUUUCUAAAUAUGGACUAAUUGUGGGUUUGUGCAUGUUUCUGCCACUGUUUUCUUCACACCAAUGUGAUGUAAAAAAAAAAUGCAUUAAUUUUAGGACGAGACUCAAGAAGACAAAACAUAUAAAGUUUGAUAGAUCUGGUGAAUUUAAUAUGCAAGACUCACGUUGACCCAGAGAGGAGAAUGAAAGCAUUUCUUUGCAAAGUGACACGUGCCUGUUCUUACAUCUUGCUCUUGUGGGAUGAGAGGAUACUUAGGGAUAUGUGCAGGCCUUGGAUAGUUUUUGCACUUAAAUGACUUUCUCGUGAUUCGGAGCUGGUUUUGUCCCUGAAGAAUUUUUAAUUUGCUCUAUAUAUUCACUCUGUGAGUAGUUAUGAAUAUACUUUUUUAUACUUUGAAAAUUGCAUUGGAUAAUUUUUUACUGCUUUCUGAACUCCAGGUUGUAUCAUCAUGACUUUUCAGUUAUAUUAUUAGUUUUUGAUGUCACAUUGGUUUUAUGACUUGGGCACGGUAAGUACAGUCUAAAAGCCAAAAAUUGCCACUUUGUUAUGAUAAUACUGCCAUAACAGUAUGGCCUAUAUACUGGCCAAUAUAUGGCCAAUAUAAUUUAGGGAAUGUUGUAAAAUAAUGUCAGGAAGCACCGUCCAUUCUCAUUCAGUUUUCACAUAACACUUUGAAAUUUUCAAUAGGAAGUUGAACAGUGUCAUCAGUUUGGACUGAAAGUUCGGGAUGGUACAAUUUAUAAAUGCUUUUCUAGCACCUACCACAAACUGUGCAUCUUGUACUCAGUAGCACUCAUAAGUUUUGUCUUUAACAACCAUGAAUCACGAAGUCAUACAGAAUAGAAGAGGAAAGCUUUCUCUCAAACACUGCCAUGAAACUCAUAGCUACCUAUUGCCUAUGACAUCACUCUCCAAAGAAUAUUUUUAAAGAAAUAUUUAAACAAAAAUAUUUUUUCAUUAUAAAAGUAACUACCUGUUAGUGCUUGGAGAUGAUCCAGACUUGGUUUCACUGUGAUCCAGAAACUAGACAUUCCUAUUUCUCAAAAUUUGCUACCAUAAUACAUUUUAAACCAGUAUUUAAUAUCUGUAAGAUUAAAAAUCAUGGCCAAUAUAAACCCUCAUCCCCAAAUAUGUUCAAGGAGUAAAAAGAUUUAUCUUCAUCAAUAUUUCAGUAAAUGUAUCUCCAAUCUCUUGUUUUGCCCUUUAGUAGCUGGUACACUCUAGCCAAGUUUUUAGAAUAGAAUCAAAGCAUUUUAUGCUUAACUUGAACUUCCAGAAAUCUAACCUUUGGCUGGUUCCAGUCACUCCUUGCCACACUGCAAACAGACUUAAUAAUUGAGCCCUUAUUGCAACCUCAAAGGGCCCACUUGUUAACACAGUAUUUCAUGCAUCAAGAACAAUUCCUGAAAGUUUCUGCAUAAUGUGAAUUUUCGAUAAUUUUUCAGUUCCAGAAGCAUUUCUUGUACAUUACAUUUCUUCUCAGAUUUUCAACUUGAAGUUUUAAUUUGCACUGAGUUAUCUAAUCUGGUUUAAAAAUGCCUCUCAAAAUGACAGAUCUGGAAGCAAAUUACAGUAUAUUUUAAAUAAUGCAGGUAGUGCCUGUUAUCCUGGAAUUUUAGUGCUUCUAGGAAGAGUUUCCAGAAAAAGCAAUAGAGUGAAGAGUUCCUUUCUGGUUUCUAUUAUAUUGUUUUAAUGCCUUUUUAAAAAUGUGUCUAAAGUGGCAAAAUAGUUAUGUGUUUAAUUUAUAUUUUAUCCAUUCUUUUUCAAUUCUGGUUAUUAUGUAACCUCAAGUAUUUUUUUCUGUUCUUUUAAGGUAUUUUAUAAACUGAAUGUUAACAAAA